UACUCGUGAAUGGCAGGAUAUGAUGAACACUGAUUGCAGUGCAAUCGGUAUAUUUUAUCGCAUCGCAAUACACGCUGCAGCAAAAAUGUAAAUUUUACCAAAAUGCCAGAUUUAGUUGAUGGAGUCGUCACCAGAGGGCGCUAGACUGCAAAAAGAAAUCAAAGAUGGCAGCCAAGCCAGGGAUAUACCCUGAGCUGAGACAACCCGACGAUACAAAACCCAGCCACACCCCCUGUAUUGGCAGUGGGGGGACUGCCCAGUAGAAGCAGAACUCUCUGCCCUAGAGUAGGAGCCCACCUCUCGUUGUGCAGGGAUGGCUGAGGAGCAGGAGUUGUCUGCCUUGAUGGAGAGGCUGAGGGGGAAGUGUGUGGAGCAGAGAUCCUGGGCCGACAGCAUCAAAGCGCUGCGUUCUGUAGUCACUCAGGAGAAGCGGCACUUGGCAGAGACACUGGACAGAAUUCACAUACAGAGAUGUCUGGACACCCUUCAGUCUGCCAUCAAAGUUUUUACCCAGCAGUCAAUGCUGGCUCGUUUACGCUGUAUAUCGAGGCAGACAGGACUGAAUUUCUCUGAGAAGCUGCCAAACAGUGCUGUCCUGAGCUCAGACAUGUUCUAUGUGGAGGUGUACCUGGACCCUGAGAAGGCUGUCCGAGAUGUGAGGAUAGCUCACCAAGGGGAGGCUACUAGUUGUCCAGAGUUGUUGCGUCUGCUCAGUGCAGGGGAGUUCACUCAGUUCACUAAACACUUGGAAGGCCUGUCCAUGAGUUACCAGAUUGUUGGAGAUAAAAAACAGCGCACCAAGGCUUUCCAUGCUUUGCAAUCCCUGGAGACUGACCUCAAUCUGUUGGCUCAGUUACAAAGCUCCAUAAACGGUGUGGGUAACUACAUCCAUAAGUCUCCGUUGGGUAUUCUCAUACCUAGGAAUGGGGGACUUCCGAUGAAGCUCAUAUAUUUUGUUUCUCCGUAUGAUUUGCUGAACAAGACCACCAAGGCAGCUCAUCCAAUGACAGUGGAAGCAAUAAUGGAGCAUGAAUUGGGCCACAGCGUCACAGUGUGUCUAGACAGCUUCUCUAACACUAAGCUACAGACCAUGCCUCUGAUGACCGUCAACACUCUACAGGAAGGCAAAAGCCUCCCCUCGUUCUCUGCCUUGUCCAACAUGAACAGCUGCACACUGCCGGCGUGUUUUGUCCUGCGCUUACCCAAGGCCAUCCCACUGGCUCUGUCUGUUGUCAAGAAGAUCUGCUCUCUCACAAAUGUGGACAUGCGCCAGGGCAUGGAGAGCCGAUCACUGCUGUCACUUAUUGUGGAGGACAUGUCAGGUGGGGAGAUAACCAGUGUGCAGGAGCUGUUUGUGACAUUACCUGACCAGCAGCACCGGUACUACCUACAGGAGGGGUGUGGUCUGGGUGAGCAGCAGGGGGUGAUGGUCAGUAAGAUCCACUUCACUCACCCCACCCAUGUCCCACAGAUCCUGGUACACCUCAGACAGCAGCUUCUCUUCAACGCUCUCAUUGGCUCCUGUGUCAGGCCCUCUGCCAAGAAAGAAGACUGUGACAGUAUGGUGUUUGAGGUGACAGCUCUGUCUUUACAACAUGUCUGUGUUACUUUUGAGCACCCCCUGCAAGAGGCCAUGGCUACAGUUGAGCUGGACCUGUCUGACAUCACCAGUGUGAAGUGCAGAGUACUUUGUGUUGGGGAAACAGAGCCUUUUGUGUCAGACGACCAUGCCACAAAGGUGUUUCAGAGAUGCCUCUCUGUGCCGGUGACGAUGCGGGCCAUCUUGAUGAAGGUGCUCGGUCAGCUAAGGAAGCAGAUGGCAGAGGACAAGCUCAGGUCAUCUCAGAGAGAGAAGCAGAAGGCGAGUCGCCACAUUACGCCGCUAAUGAUUCCUACUCCAUAUGGGAUGGACAUUGCUCAGAAGGGUAUUUCAGGGCCUGUGUUACAGCACCAGAACAGUGCCCCUUUACCUCACCCAUAUCAGUCCCGUACACUCAGUGACUUGCUAGACCCAUCAAGUGCUUCCCCUGAGCUUCUGGACUCGAUAAAAGCAGAGAAGGUGGCAAAGAACCCAAUGCUUGCCAGCCUUCUUGAUCAGGAGCCAGGUGUUCAGGAAUCUGACAGUCCUAUGUUGUCAAAACUGUUGGAUGACCAGGCCCCAACUGUAACAUCAUUGCCACCAUCGAGGCCAGGUAAACCCCGAAAAAAUAGAAAAAGGAAGCCUGAUCCACUGUUUGGCAGCAGUCCAAAGCAUCGUGCCAGUGAGGAUGGCAUGAGUGAUCGUUCAUUGGAGCUGGAAACUCCAUCCCCUUUGGACGUGAAACUACCGGGCCCAUUACCUGGUAAUCCUUCAGCAACAGUGAUUGACCUCACAGGGACCGAAUCAGCUUUUAUUGGAGAGUCCCAUGUGAGUAAAUUAGCGCACACGGUCAACAAGAUCAUUGUUGACAGCACCAAGAGUGAUUCUUUACAUUUGACUGAACCGGCUGCUUCUCCAGAGAUGGCAAACAUUGUGAAUAACAUUGAACAGAAAACGGAAUCAGUUGCUGUCUGGCAGGAGUCCAAGGAGCAUGGGAUAAAGCGGACAUCCUUGUCAGAACUCUGGGGUGACUCAAUGGAUUCAGAUGGACCUGUUGACCCAGAUCUGUUUACAAACAAAAGCAGCAGCAGCAUGCCCAUGAAAAUAAAGCGUUCCACAAGUCGGCAAUCCUCUGCUUCACAGCAGUCAGACAGAAUGGAGUUUGACACUGAGUUGUUGAAUGCAGACCCAAACUUUUCUGACAGUCUCAUUGAUAACAGUUCAGAGGGGAUGGGAUUAGAUGCCUGUGAUGCUUCUGCAUUUGGGGUCGGCAUUAACCCAGUGGUAGAGAUGGCUUCAAAACUGGCCAGUUCAUCAGCCAGUACUAAAUCUGCCACAUCAAAAGCUGUCGCCUGUGAUGGGACUAAUUCAAAAUUUACGUCGGCCUCUUCUAAAGCGGGUCUGAAAAGAAGAGUCAGUGACAGUGGCGAGACCACAGAGUGGCUGGCUGGCAAAGUGAAAUUUGAGCUGGAUGCAUCCAGCCAGACUUGGAAAAAGCCGGAUAGUGAUCUCUUAAAUGCUCGGAAGAAUUCUGAAUGUGAUGUGUCAAAUAUCCCACGCAGAAAGGUGGAGAAUGACUUAGUGUUCCCUCGCAAAUCUGAUAGCGAUAGCUGUUUGUACAGGAAAAAAUCAGAGAGUGAUAUUGUGAAUAAAAAACUUUCUGUGGACACUGAAAGUUCAGGUGUGAAGAAGGCUGAUAAUGAUGUGUCAAGUAAGAAAAGAACGGAGUCUGACUCGCCCAGUGUCAGCAAGAAAAAACCUGAUGGACACAGCUCAGAAUCCUCUCAUAGCAGCAAGAAAAAGGAGUCUGAAGGUGUUUCUGUGAAGAAGAGGUUUGAAAAUGAAAGUCCCAGUGCCAACAAGAAAAAAACUGACAGUGAUAGUUCCUCUUCCUCAAGGGAGAGAGCAGAAGGCGAGGGUGUCUCGCCAAUGAGGAGAAAAUUAGACAGUGACUUGUGUAAUUCUUCAAAAAGAAGGUCUGAAGUCGAUGGAUCUAUGUCUGCUAGGAAAACGUCCGAGGAAACCGGCGUGGAUCCUGGAGGUACGUCUCCCAGCAAACAGGCUGGCAUUAAGAUGAAAAUUUCACGUCAGUAUGAAGGCAGGAGCGUGUCGUCUCCUUUACAAGUGCUGGAUUUGUCAAAGAACAGUAAAAAUAAUUCCAAAAGUAGCAAAGAUGGUUCUUUAGAUAAUAACAAAGGCGGGCUGGCCAUGGCUGUGACAUCCGUGGCGUACAGCUCGCCAGCCUUGAGUGGCAGCAAAUCCCCUCUGAUUAACUCUUCCAUUUCUCCAUCAAAGACCUCAACAUUGUCCCACUCCACUAAAUCUCCUAGUUCGCACCACAUAGAGAAGAACAAUCGCAGCAGCAAGAUGGAGCGAUCCAAGAAAACUAAACACUCCAGUAGUAGUGAGUCUUCGAAACGAAAACGAGACAAAGAGGAGUACAGAAGGGAAAAGAAGAAAAAGAGACUAGAGGAAUUACAUUAUCAACCUUCUGUGCGAGAUGAUACUUUUUACCAGUCCACCCAAGUGAACUAUCCGGGAGUUAAUGAUAAGAAACAAAUGCCAAAAUUAAAGAUUACGAAACGGGGUGACAAGGUAACUGUAACUUCUUCUUCCAAGAGCAGCGGGUCGAUCUUUAAGACGGUGACGGCGCCUCGCAAAUCAUCACAGGCCAGUUACGCAGAGGAUGAUGCUUUUUCAUUUUCUGGUUCAGAAGGAUUAGAAAAGGAAGAAUUGAGUCGCAAGUUGUCACAGUCUCGUUUGUCUCAUCCCAGCAGCGGGAAAUCUUCCAAUAGUGUGGAAAAAUCGUCUUCGAGUUCUCAGAAAUCCUCCCAUAAGUCUUCGCAGAGAUCUACCUCAAAGAACAUCACUGUGAGCAAGGCAGAUUCCAAACUUAUGACUAAAACGCCCACGAUUAAGCUGAAACCUAUUGUGAUUCCUACAGCGGGGGCCUCAGUGACAGUGGGCGCCCCUCGUGGGCCGGGGUCUAAUGUGCAAUCAUCCCCUCAGUCCGCGCCGGUGAGUACAACGCUAAGCAAAAGCAACAGCCAGUCACCGUACGCAUCACCCGCGCAUUCUUCACCUCGGUCAGCUACUCCUACAUCGGUCACACCCACGGGGCUUCUGUCUCCUGGAACCACUCCCACAACACCACCCAUUGGAAAUAAGAACGGAGUGUCCAUCGCCACGGCGCCCUCAUCCGCAUCCGGCACAUCGCAAAAUACCAACAAGAUAAAAUCUCCUGGUAGAUUACGGAAGGGUUCGUUGUCAGCUGUCAUCGACAAGUUGACCAAAUCUAGUGCGAUCACGUCAGGUCCAAAAUCUGAAGGUGGCGAAGAGUCUUUGUCCAGAGUUAAAGUUCUUGCUGCAGUUGUGUCCCAACAAUCAAACCAAGUGAAGAGUUCAAAUUCGAAUAUUUCGAAUAACUCAUUGUGUCGAGAGCACAAGUCUCCGAGUAAGCAGGUCAGUGGGAGUUCGAAUGACCGAGGUGGUUCUGACGUAGAAAAAGUAAAAACUCUUUACAAUAGUAUGUCGUCUUUGUUGAAAGAAUCAAGCCCCAGAAAAGACAAAGCUGACUAUUCUCCUCAGAGAUCGAAAUCCGAUUCAGUCAUGGAAAAAAAUAGUCCCCGAAAAUCUUCCGGUUCACAGGACAGGGACAGAGACAGACAAAAGCCAUGUUCGAAUCCGGUGAACUCGUCGUGUAGAAGUGGAAAAGAAGACGGUCGUAAAGGAGAUAACUGGAGUAGCCGGAAAAGCCACAGUGGUUCUUCCGGAAGUGGCUCUAGCUCAAGUCCUGGGAACUUACUCAGUAGUAGCUCAGGAAAUAGCCUUGGAGCAACUGGCGGUGGCAGCGCUUUAUCGGCCUCUGGAAAUUCGCAAAGCAGCUCUGUGGGAAACGGAGAGAGCAAUGUAGGGGGUAGCCAUAGAUCAUCUCCAUUGGGAGCUUCUCCAACGUGUUUAGGAGGAACAGCGAAAGACAAAAUUCCCGAAAGCUCUGAGAAAAAUUCUAAAGUACACAAAUCUGGUGAUAGACAGCACAUUAGUAAAAGUGCUACGAAAAGUACUGCGGCUAGCAGUGCGAGCGGCGACAAACAUUCUCCUAGGGAGGACGAUACAGGGAAGCUGCUGGAGGAUAAACACGCGACGUCUUCGAUAUGUGCAAGUUCUAAAGGUUCACAGGACAUUGUUUCUCAGGAAGCUAAGUGUGAGAGAAGGGUCGAAGUUGAUACUCCGGCCUCACCUACCGAGGAGAAGGAACAUAGAUCUGCGGAGGAAACCGCCAAAAUACCCGUGCUGGAGAGACUACAGUUAGAAUAUACACAAGAAUCCAGUAAUUCGCCAAAAAGUAAAGGACCUGGGCGGCCAGAGCCGCAGGAAAAGGGUCGCCACAGAACUUCCUUGGCUGGCUUACUUGACCAGGAAGGGAGGAAGGUGGUGGAGAACGAGGUAAGUGAUAGAAAGUCUGCAGAGUUGGAAGUGUCUCCCCAAAGGACUAACGUGCUAAAGGCCACCAGGUGUGCCAGGGUGAAUGGAGAGACCGAACUCUCAUCAGACUCUCAUAGUGCUACUGUCUUAACUAAAGACACCCUCAGCGAGUCUUUUCGCUCUCCAACACCUGUGCUAGCGCAACCACCGGAUCCAUCACGGCCUGACCCGAACGGUGCCGACCAACCAUCGCCAAAGUCUAAGAAACCAAGGUCAUCGUCGUCUAGUAACUGCAAUAGUCAGCCCGUGCCAAGUCCUCAUAGUGACGCUAGCAGUCCCGGUAAUGGGUUAGUGAUAGACUGCCCAUCCACACCAACAGGUAACUCUCUGAGUGUCACCUCCCCUCCUUCACUACCCAAACCAGAACCGGUCCCUCCACAGCCGGUGCCAAGAGACAAAACCACCUCCCCGGUGACGAAAGUUUCGCCAGGGCCCUCACCUAAGCUACACCGGCGCUCUCCAACACCAUCUCCAGUGAUUAAGGCCCCAUCCAACCCAGGCUCAGUGGCACCUUCACCAGUGGAAAUAGACGACGACCUCAUGGAUGACGUGGUGCUAGGAAUGGGCAGUUGAUAAGGGCUUCUGUGGGUAUAGUGUACAGGAACUUUUAUUCUCUGUGUGCACAGCUUUGGUCUCUGUGUUCAGUAUAAUCAAUGUGGGCGCUGCUGUCCAACACGCACGGUCACAAGCCAUAUAAAAGUGUCUGUCAUAUCGCUCCACGAAUUUUGAAGUGUGGGUAUGAAAGUGUAUGCGUCAUGUAAUAUUUUGCCCCUUAUUUGUAAAAAAAAAUUUACUAUAAUUCGAGCAUAUU